AUGCCCGACCGAUGGCAGCGUCGUCGCAACGAUGAACCUGCCCCCCGUGGCGCCGAUGCAGACCGACGACAAGCCGACUUUCCCAACAAGGCAAGGCGCAUCGACGACAGCAGUAGCCGCAGGGGAAGUGAGCGAGACGCUCACCGUCAACCUGCUGCGCCGUCGAUAACGAUUCGCGGUGUCGCAGCAAAGCAAGCCAGCCCGGAUUUGCUGGAUCGUCUUGCUCGCCGCACCGACGACGACGCGCCUGCCAAACGACCUGCAGGGGAGUCUGCACGCCCACAAGCAGAGGCUCGACGCGGAGGUGCAAAGCUCGCUCCUCGCGGCCAGUAUGACGACACAGGCAGGAGGAUGGACGCACCAACAUCCAGCCAUCGUGGCGAUGCACACACCUCGCCGCGUCGGAGAGAUGCAGAUGGACGCCGGCAUCGAGACCGUUCCCCUUCACCAGCGGCGCAGCGCCAACGCCGUCGAGACGACGACGAGCGGCACGACCGUCGGCGGGAAGCAAGGGGCUCGCAUUCCACACGCCGUCGCAGCCCGAGCCCUGAGCAUGCCAGCACUUCCGCACCGCGCUGGGAUCGGGAUCGAUAUGGUAGCUACGAUCGACACCGCUCUCCACCCUCUCCACCCGACCGAUACGCGUCGCAGUCUCGUCGUACUGCUCCAGCGCCGCGCGGGGGCGAAGCCGAAUCGAGCCGCCGACGUCGCACACCUUCACCCACACGGUCGGACACGUCGAGCCGCUCGCGGCGUCGGGAGCGCGAACCGGAGCCGGUGCGCAAACCAGCCCGUGAUCGACCUGCACGCUGGAAGCUGGAUAGCCGCGAAGAGGAGCGGGCCACCGAGCGGAGAGAUGCAGGUCGAGAGCGCAGGCGGUCACCCGAGCCACGUCGACCCAGGACACCACCGCGCAUCGGUCGCGACGACGAGGCGGACGACCGCGGACACGUGCUGUCGCGCAAGUCCGCACCCAGCCGUGCGGCGGAGCAGGAGCAGAACGGCGCGCGCAGAGAGGCGGAGGCGGAGCUGCGCAGUGUGCGUGGCAGCGGGUGGCAGACCGUACGUCCUGGCUCGCGCAACGGCAAAAGCAGUCGUGACGAUGAUCGCUCUGCACCGACCGCGCCCGUGGAAGCAGUGCGGGCCGAGGCAGGGGAGGCGUACGAGAGCAUCCAACAGGUGGGCGAGGGGACGUACGGGCAGGUGUUCAAAGCGCGCUCCGAACGCACGGGCGCUGUGGUGGCGCUGAAAAAGAUCCGGAUGGAUAGCGAAAAGGACGGGUUUCCCGUGACGGCGAUGCGCGAGAUCAAGCUGCUGCAGGCGCUGCGGCACGAGAAUGUGGUGCGGCUGCACGAGAUGAUGGUGACGCGCGGCUCGGUGUAUAUGGUGUUCGAGUACAUGGAGCACGAUCUCAACGGCAUCCUUGCUCACCCUCAAGUGCAGUUCACGCCUGCGCAUCUCAAGUCGCUUGCUACUCAGCUGCUAUCGGGCCUGGCGUAUCUGCAUCGCAAGGCGGUACUUCAUCGCGACCUGAAGGGGUCCAAUAUCCUGCUCAACAACCAGGGCCGUCUCAAGCUCGCCGAUUUCGGGCUCGCCAGGAUGUACGCCAAGCGGCGGCAGGGCGACUACACCAACCGCGUCGUCACACUGUGGUACCGUCCACCGGAGCUUCUGUUCGGCGCGACCCAGUACGGAUCCGAGGUGGACAUGUGGGGUGCCGGGUGCAUCUUCCUCGAGCUGUUUGUCAAGAAGCCUGUCUUUCAGGGCGAGAGCGAGCUGGGUCAGAUCCACUCGAUCACCGACGUGCUCGGUCCCGUCACGGUCGAAGCGUGGCGCGACGCGGACAAGCUGGCGUGGUACGAGAUGGUGAAGCCUCCCGCGCGCGAUGGCGAGACCGAAGCAAGGGACUACGUCAAGGCGGCUUUUGGCAAGUACAUGCCCGAUGCAGCACUCGAAGUGGCCAGGGGUCUGCUCACGUACGAUCCGCAGCAGCGGUGGUCGGCACAACAGGCAUUGCAGGCGGCUUACUUUAGCGAAGAACCCCACGCCGAGCCGCCAGCGGGGCUGCUGUCGGCGCUCGAGGGAGAGUGGCACGAAUACGAGUCGCGCCGCGCCAAGAAGAAGGCGUCUGCGCAGCCGCCACCGGAGGCCAUCGCUGGCCCAGAGCGGACGGGCGCGGCAACUACAGCGCAAAGCUCUCAUCCUGUAGCAUAA